AUGAUGAAAAGACGAUGGUCCAAUAACGGGGGCUUUACCGCCCUGCGCAUGCUGGACGAGAGCAGCUCCGAGGUGACGUCCUCCUCGGCCGCGCUGGUCAUGUCGCCGGGCAUGACGAUGUCACCGACGUCGCUCGGCUCACCGGAGUACAACGAUCUCGAGCUGUGGGGCGCAUACGAUGAGAACGCGUACAACGGUCACAGUGUCCUGUCGAACGGGAACAAUAAUCUCGGCGGCGGUGGCUGCGGUGCCGUCGCCGCCAACCAGCUGCUGAUGAACGGCAUCAUGAACGGUGGCAACAACCUGAACGGUAUGAUGAACGGGAUCGGUCUCGGGCCGGGUUCGGUCGGCCCGACUGGUGGUGCGCAGGCCAGCACCAACCAGAUACAGCAGUUUGUCGGCAACCUGAUCAACGGCAUGAACCACUCGCAGACGAUCAUACCACCGCUGCCCUCGAUCAUACAGAACACGAUCAUGAACACACCGCGCAGCGAAUCGGUCAACUCCAUCUCGUCAGGACGUGAAGAUUUGUCGCCGUCGAGCAGUCUUAACGGCUACACCGGCGAUGGCAGUGAGGCGAAGAAGCAGAAAAAGGGUCCAACGCCACGGCAACAGGAGGAACUUUGUCUCGUGUGUGGUGACCGGGCAUCCGGCUAUCACUACAAUGCGCUUACCUGCGAAGGUUGCAAGGGAUUCUUCCGACGUAGUGUCACCAAGAAUGCGGUCUACUGCUGCAAGUUUGGCCAUGCGUGCGAGAUGGACAUGUACAUGCGGCGCAAGUGCCAGGAGUGUCGGUUGAAGAAGUGUCUCGCGGUUGGCAUGCGGCCGGAGUGCGUCGUGCCGGAAAACCAGUGCGCGAUCAAGCGGAAGGAGAAGAAGGCGCAGAAGGAAAAGGAUAAGGUACAGACGAACCCUUCCACCACUGUUAGUACAACGAACAGCAGCUACAAGUCGGAGCUGCUGCCGGUAUUAAUGAAGUGCGAAUCACCGCCCACCGCAGCGAUACCGCUACUACCGGAGAAACUGUUGAAUGAAAACCGACAAAGAAAUAUACCUCUACUGACGGCUAAUCAGAUGGCCGUCAUCUACAAGCUCAUCUGGUACCAGGAUGGAUACGAGCAACCGUCGGAGGAAGAUCUCAAGAGGAUAAUGAUUAACUCACCAAACGAGGAAGAAGAUCCCCACGAAAUCCACUUCCGGCACAUAACGGAAAUCACCAUUCUCACAGUACAACUUAUCGUCGAGUUCGCGAAGGGACUACCAGCAUUUACGAAGAUCCCGCAGGAGGAUCAAAUAACGUUACUAAAGGCGUGCUCCAGUGAGGUAAUGAUGUUGCGAAUGGCCCGCCGGUACGACGCCGAAACCGACUCCAUCCUUUUUGCCAACAACCGAUCGUACACGCGCGACUCGUACAAGAUGGCGGGCAUGGCGGAUACGAUCGAGGACCUGCUACACUUCUGCCGGCAGAUGUACACGCUCACGGUGGACAACGUGGAGUACGCGCUGCUAACGGCGAUCGUCAUCUUCUCCGAUCGACCCGGUCUCGAGAAGGCCGAACUGGUUGAGACGAUCCAGAGCUACUACAUCGACACGCUGCGCGUCUACAUCCUGAACCGGCACGGUGGCGAUCCCAAGUGUAGCGUCACGUUUGCGAAGCUGCUCUCGAUACUGACCGAGCUGCGGACGCUCGGGAACCAAAACUCGGAGAUGUGCUUCUCGCUUAAGCUGAAGAACCGCAAGCUGCCCCGCUUCCUGGAGGAGAUAUGGGACGUGCAGGACAUACCACCGGUUGGGCUGGCACGGCAUCAAGAGCUGGUCGCACAGCAGCAGCAACAGCAGCAACAACAGCACCACCAACAGUCGGACAAUCCGAACGCUUCCUCAAUGGCAUCCACCUCGUCGAACAUUGUCGUCGUCAGCAACGGUGUACAGCUUGGAUCGAUGCAGCAAUCCAGUCAGCUACAGCAGCAGCAGCAGCAACAGGUUCACAGUAAUGGCGGUGUGCCCACGCUUCCCAUCGGUACUAACGUGGGGGUGGUCAGCAACGGUUCCGUGAACGGCGGUAGCAACAGUAGUAGUAACGGCGCGAACGGCACCGGUAGCACAAGUAAUAGUAGUAACAGCAGCAGCAGCAGCAGUAGUAAUAACACCAGUAGCACUAACAACAGCAGCAGCAGUAAUAGUAGUAGCAACGGACUGCUCUCCACUGUCGGAAUGCUCGAACACGUAUAG